AUUAAUGUAGUUAGCAAAUUCAAUGAGGACAAGAGAAGAAAUAGAAUACUUAGAGAAUGAAGUGUAUCCAAAAUUACAUAUAGCUUUGGUGUAACUAAUAGAUCAUGUAGUAAAGACAGAAGAGGUGAGAAAGCAUCAAGAAAGAUUAAAGAAAAUAAAAAUAUUUGAUCGUAUAGAAUAAAAGAAAGUAGAGAAACAAAGGUUGAAAAAUGAGUUAGGAUCGGCUUAUGAAUCAUCAUCUUAAGGUUCUGGAGAUUAGGAAGAUUUUGGAGGAAUAAGUUAAUAGUAAAUAAAAAAUAAUGAUGAAUCGAUAUUUCCAAUAAACAAUCAAAUUCAAGGUCCAACAGGAAUUUCUAUAGAUGAUUUGAGUCCUUAGGAGAUGAAAAAAGAGAUAAAUCUAGCAUUGAAUCAAAUUCAAGAGGAUCAAGAGGAUGAGGAAGCACCAGAUUAACAGGAAUUAGAGCAUUUGAAACUGUAAAUGAAGUAAUAAAGAGAAGCCUUAGAAUUUAAUCCUUUGAUUUAUUUAGCACAUUUAUUAAGAGAAUAGUAGAAAUGA